UUUAACGGCCAAGGGCUUCCCGGGGAUUGUUAACGACAAACAUAACGACGACGUCAGUUGAGCUAACAGCGAAGCGCCUUCCUUCUCUUUUCUUUGCUGUUUUAAUUUCAGGUGGCCUUUCCUCUGCAUUGCAGUUGUCCUGUCCCGCCUUCUUUCCACACACCUGUGCCAAAAUCCAAGCAAGUUCCUCAUUUGCACGACGCUUGUGGGAGAGCAGCUGUGAAAAGAGGGGAGUUUAAGCAGUAGUAGGUUGCGGGUGGCAGUUGGGGAGAGUGUUGAAGAAGAAUGAAAAGUGGGAGUAGCAAUGGCAAGGGAGAUGAACGCAUAAAGGGGCCCUGGUCGCCGGAGGAGGAUGCCGUUCUGAGCAGGCUGGUGGAGAAAUUUGGAGCUCGUAAUUGGAGUCUCAUAGCGAGGGGCAUUCCUGGCCGCUCUGGAAAGUCAUGCCGCCUUCGUUGGUGUAAUCAGCUCAACCCAGGGGUCAAGCGCAAGCCAUUCACUGGUAACUUGCAAUGUAAUCAACAACUACCUUGUAACCUCCUUAUAUUCAAACCACAUCCAUUGAAGUAUGUAUCGUUCACUUUUUGUGCAUUCAUUCUUCCAGCAUUACCUAUAUGCCCCAUGCUGUUUUUAAAUGCUGAGAUUUGA